CCGCGGAGCACGUCGGGACACCGAAGCCUGGACUUUGCUCGGCUGCGGUUCUAGAGAACAACUCCUGCGUUGUUUCCGUACCGUGGCGCGUCUUAAUGACGUUGUUGAGAGUUAGCUCUUGGGAGGGGAUGAAAACAUCACGCGUAGACUUUUGGGGAGAUUCUAUAAAUUUAUUGUAAAGCACAGGGCCUGUUUACUUGCGUUUAUACGAGUUGCCCCGGCACAGGGGAUGUAUGGGAAUCCCGCUGGGAAUCUGAAUAAGCGACUUAUUUGCGUGACCUGUCGUGCUCUCGCUAUGCCCAGGAAGGAGGGAAAAGGACUCAAGAAAGAUGUAUCUCCAGUGGCUCCUGUUACUGGGCCAGUAUCAAGAGACAAAACUGGAUCAGUUACCAUCAGUAUACAUGCCAAGCCAGGGGCUAAACAAAAUGCUAUAACCGAUGUGACAGCCGAUGCUGUGGGCGUUGCAAUUGCAGCUCCUCCGACAGAAGGGGAAGCAAAUGCAGAGCUGUGCCGCUAUCUUUCGAAGGUUCUGGUGCUAAAGAAGAGUGAAGUGUCCUUGGAUAAGGGUGGAAAAUCUAGAGAAAAAGUAGUUAAAAUUUCUGCAUCUAUAACCCCAGAGGUUGUUUUAGAAAGGUUAAAGGAAGCGGCUGUACAUUCAUAGUGAAAUUCACAGCCAUUGGUCCGUGUGUAUUUAACUCAUAAGAAGAUCCGUUUGAAAUAAUGUUUUUAGCAGUUGGAAAAUGUCUCUGUAUGAAAAACUCAGGAAUAAGCAAUUUCCAGGAAUAUUAAGGGGGUUAUAUAUCAAAUGUAUCUCAUUAUUUCUAUUAAAAAAAAUCCGACCAACUCCAAAUUGCUUAUUGGAUCUUAUUUAUCAUAGAAAAAGCUAGCUAAAAUCGGUUCUGACAAAAAAAAAAAAAAA